CAUGAAUUUUUUACCAAUAGGGAGAAAGUAUUUUAAGUACAUUUGGAGAGAGAAGAAAGAAUUUUGUAAUCGAUCAGAGAAGUUUAAAUUAAAUUAGAAAAUUAUAAAGAGUGUAUUAGAUUUUAAAAAAUAUAUUCCAAAUUUAUGUUAUUUGGUUGAUUUGAAAGAGUUUUUAGAUGAUACAAGGGAGAAAUUGAAAGAUUUAAAAUUAGGAGGAGAAUUUACUUUGUAAGAUACUAGAGUGAGACAUUGGAUAAAAAUAAUAAUAAGAUAGAAUAUGGAAGUUGUAAUUAAAGUAACAGGAAUGUGUGAUGCAAUUUAGAUAGUAAAAUGUUUGGUGUUUAUCUUAAAGGAAUGAGUG